AUGCCAUUGAAAGAGAAAUAUUAUGUCCAUUCUGCUCAUAUUUACAAUCGAACAACACAACCAAUAGAUUUAAAAAUUUAUUAUUGUGGUGAAAAUCAACAUCAUGAAAAAGAAAUGAUACGUAUGAAUAAAUUAGAAGGUAAUGGUGGACAUUAUUUUGCUGAGACGCGUGCAUAUGCUAAUGCACACACGAUUUCUGAUCGAAACAUUCAUAAAAUUCAAGCUGAAACCAUCGAUGGGAAAAUUUUAGAAAUCAAAUGGCCAUAUGAAGGUUUAGUCGAACGUAAUGAAAAAGAAUGGCAAUUUGACAUCGAAGAUGAUGGAAUCAAAUCAAUUAAUCCACGCGUAUAA